UAUAUGUAUCCAUCUCUCUGUGUCUUUCUUUCUCUCACUCUCUCUGUCUUUCUAUCUCUCUCUAUCUAUGUAUCUCUCUCUCUCUGUCUUUCUUUCUCUCACUCUUUCUGUCUUUCUAUCUCUCUCUAUCUAUGUAUCUCUCUCUCUCUAUGUAUCCAUCUCUUUCUGUCUUUCUUUCUCUGUUUCUUUCUAUGUAUAUCUAUAUCUCUAUCUUUCUUUCUCUCUGUCUUAAUCUCUCUGUAUUUAUCGCUCUCUUUUUCUCUCUCUCUCUCUCUCUCUAUUUCUGUAUGUAUCUCUCUCUCUCUUUCUGUAUGUAUCUCUCUCUCGCAUUCCCCGUCCCUCUUUCCCUCUGUUGAUGACAAACGGUUCGCACGGGCUCUAGAGCGGCAGUUGAGAUUUCCGCGCGCCAGUUGGUGGAAAUAGAUUCUCUGGAGCAGUUUCGAAUCGGUUUCUCUACUGUUGGCACCAGACAGCCGCCAAACAUCUUUACCAACGUCAUCUUGACAAACGUAACUACUAAGUAGUCUAGCCCAUCUUGGUAACUGCAGUUCUUAGUCUACAGCUUUUACGCGUUGGAAGCUUGGAAGGAAACUAAAACUUCUGUUUUCUCGUGUUUUUAAUGUUGUUACAGUUAAAUAUGCAAGCUUUUGUCGCUUGGAUUCUCAUGUAUGGAGUGACAGCAGGAACUUCGUUCAACAUCUCAGAGGAGAAGACGAACUGCCCCCUAGGAUAUUUCCCUUGUGGCAACCUGAGCAUGUGCCUGCCCCAGCUCAUGCACUGCAAUGGCGUCGAUGACUGUGGAAAUGAAGCGGACGAGGAGAACUGUGGAGAUAACAACGGAUGGCCCCAUCUUUUUGACAAGUAUUUUGGGAUGCCCAUCAUCGACAUCGGGACCAAGUCCGAUAAAUGCUUGCUGGGGGCUGUUCCAGAGCUGUGCCAGUGCAGAGACCUGGAGCUGGACUGUGACGGCGCCCAGUUUCACCAUGUCCCAGCAGUGUCCAUUAACGUCACCAUGAUGUCACUGCAAAGGAACCGACUCCGGAUAUUGAAUGGUGACAUAUUCUAUAAGUACCAGAGUCUUCAGAAAUUAUAUCUACAACAUAACAGAAUCCGAGCUGUGAGCCCUAAUGCAUUCAGAGGACUGUACAAUCUAACAAGACUAUAUUUAAGCUACAACAAGAUAUCCAUCCUGAUGCCUGGGGUGUUCCAAGAUCUACACAAACUGGAGUGGUUGAUCCUUGAAAACAACAGUAUCCAUCAGAUAUCCCCCACAACCUUUUCAGGCUUGCGCUCCUUGGUACUCCUGGUUUUGUUGAACAACGCUCUGACAAAGCUGGAUGACAUCUGCCUGGAAAUGCCAAGACUUAACUGGCUGGACAUGGAGGGGAAUCAAAUCGAAAGUGUUGGAAACGUAACAUUCUGGUCAUGCAACAUGAUGACUGUGCUCGUCCUACAGAGUAACAGAAUCAGUCACAUACAUGAACAGGCUUUUUCAUUUCUGCAAAAACUUGGGGAAUUAGAUCUGUCCAGCAACAGACUCCUGGCAAUCCCUCCCAAUCUCUUUGUUCAUCUGGGAGAUUUACUACAGCUAAACAUCUCGUAUAACCCUAUCGCGGAUCUACAAACUGACCACUUUGAUAACUUGCAUAAAUUGAAAUCAUUGAGCAUAGAGGGAAUUGAGAUUGGGAACAUACAGCGAAGGAUGUUUGAACCACUCAAACACUUGACCCACAUUUACUUUAAGAAGUUCCAGUACUGUGGGUACGCCCCUCAUGUGCGCAGCUGCAAGCCCAACACGGAUGGUAUCUCCUCCUUCGAGGACCUCCUGGCCAACAUCGUCCUGAGGGUCUUCGUCUGGGUGGUGUCGGCCACCACGUGCUUCGGCAACAUCUUUGUCAUCUGCAUGCGCUCCUACAUCCGAUCGGAGAACAAGCUCCAUGCCAUGUGUAUAAUCUCCUUGUGUUGUGCCGAUGGCCUGAUGGGUGUCUACCUCUUCAUGAUCGGCGCCUAUGAUCUCAAGUUCCGCGGCGAGUACAACCGCCACGCCCAGGCCUGGAUGGACAGCGUCCAGUGUCAGGUGAUCGGCUCCCUCGCCAUGCUCUCCACUGAGGUCUCCGUCCUGCUGCUCACCUACCUCACCCUGGAGAAGUACAUCUGUAUCGUCUACCCCUUCCGGUAUCUAACCCCGGGCCGCCGGCGCACCGUCUCUAUUCUCCUCAGCAUCUGGUUUAUUGGCUUCGUCAUCGCCUUCCUCCCCCUGGUCUUCAAAGGAUUGUUCCAGAACUUCUACGGUACCAACGGCGUGUGUUUUCCGUUACACUCGGAGCAGCCCGAGACGACAGGGGCGCAGGUGUACUCCAUCGUCAUUUUCCUGGGCCUGAACCUGGUAGCGUUCCUCAUAAUCGUAUUGUCUUAUGGGAGUAUGUUCUACAACAUCCAGAGGACAGGGACACAGACGACUAAAUAUAGUAACCAUAUCAAGAACGAGGUGACCAUAGCCAAGAGGUUCUUUUCCAUCGUCAUCACAGACUCCCUUUGCUGGAUACCCAUCUUUGUUCUCAAGAUUCUAUCACUGUUGCAGGUGGAGAUUCCAGGAACCAUCAGCUCCUGGGUGGUGAUCUUCAUCCUGCCCAUCAACAGUGCCCUCAACCCCAUCCUGUACACCUUGACCACACGGCCAUUCAAAGAGACCAUCCUCCAGGUGUGGGCCAACUACAGGCAGAGGAGACCACUUAUGAGCAGCCACCCAGCCCACCACCCCUCAUUGACGUUGCAGGAGAUGUGGCCACUCCAAGAGAACAACCAGACUCUGACUUCGCCCGGCGACAACCUGACGCAUCCCUUGGAAAUGUCCUGCACAAUCUCGUGCACGUCAGGCACGUCUCAGCCACUGCCUGUGGAAAGUACAAACCCCAAAUAAUGCCCUUCAGGUUCAACAAUUUGCCCGGCAGAGAGGGAGGAGCGGCUUGACUCCCACGCAGGUCUUUUUUUUAUGCCGACGUUUCAUGUGCAAUAGUAUGUUUACAGCAUGUUGAUUGUUGUAGAGUUGAUAAUAUUCUUCCUCUGUGAUUUAUACAGACAUCAAAGGAGCUCAUUGGUACACUUUGGACUAUGUGCCGUUCUACACUGUUGAGGAUUAGACCUUGGCUUUGUUCAUGCUUUCAGUUCCAUGUGAUUAUUGACACACUUCUAUGAUUUAUGGUUAUAAGAAAAAACAUCAAUCAUCAUUCCCAUAAACAUGAAUUUCUGUAAAGUCCACCACUCUUCAUGCACAGACUAGACUGUACAGAGUAUUGUAUAUAAUAAAUCAAUCAUUCUCUGUUCUGGAAUGGGAUGUUUCGUCAUGUACAGUACCAGUCAAAAGUUUGGACACACCUACUCAUUCCAGGGGUUUUCUUUAUUUGUACUGUUUUCUACAUUGUAGAAUAAUAGUGAAGACAUCAAAACUAUGAAAUAACACAAAUGGAAUCAUGUAGUAAUCAAAAAAGUGUUAAACAAAUCAAAAUAUAUUUUAUGUUUGAGAUUCUUCAAAAUAACCACCCUUUGCCUUGAAGAAAGCUUUUCACACUCUUGGCAUUCUCUGAACCAUCAUCAUGAGGUAGUCGCUUGGAAAACAUUUCAAUUAACAGGUGCUCCUUGUUUAAAGUUAAUUUGUGGAGUUUCUUUCUUUCUUAAUGCGUUUGAGCCAAUCAGUUGUGUUGUGACAAGGCUGGGGUGGUAUACAGAAGAUAGCCCUAUUUGGUAAAAGACUAAGUCCAUAUUAUGGCAAGAACAGCUCAAAUAAGCAAAGAGAAAUGACAGUCCAUCCUUACUUUAAGACAUAAAGGUCAGUCAAUGCGGAAAACUUCAAAAACUUUGAAAGUUUCUUCAAGUGCAGUCACAAAAACCAUCAAAUGCUAUGAUGAAACUGGUUCUCAUGAGGAAGAAAUGAAGACCCAGAGUUACUUCUGCUGCAGAUGAUAAGUUCAUUAGAGUUACCAGCCUCAGAAAUUGCAUCCCAAAUAUAUGCUUCACGGAGUUCAAGUAACAGACACAUCUCAAAAUCAACUGUUCAGAGGAGACUGUGUGAAUCAGGCCUUCAUGAUCAAAUUGCUGAAAAUAAACCACUACUAAAGGACACCAAUAAGAAGAAGACACUUGCUUGGGCCAAGAAACACAUUAGACCUGUGGAAAUCUGUCCUUUGGUCUGAUGAGUCCAAAUUUGAGAUUUUUAGACCAAAACGCUGUGUCUUUUUGAGACGCAGCAUAGGUGAACGGAUAAUCUCCGCAUGUGUGAUUCCCACCAUGAAGCAUGGAGGAGGUGUGAUGGUGUGGGGGUGCUUUGCUGGUGACAAUGUCUGUGAUUUAUUUAGAAUUCAAGGCACACUUAACCAGCAUGGCUACCACAGCAUUCUGCAGCGACACACCUUUGCAUCUGGUUUAUGUGUAGUGGGACUAUAAUUUGUUUUUCAACAAGAAGGCAAGUGAUGGAGUGCUGCAUCAGAUGACAUGGCCUCCACAAUCCCCCGAUCUCAACCAAAUUGAGAUGGUUUGGGAUGAGUCGGACCGCAGAGAGAAGGAAAAGCAGCCAACAAGUCUUCAGCAUAUGUGGGAACUCCUUCAAGACUGUUUUGAAAAUAAUUCCAGGUGAAGCUGGUUGAGAGAAUUCCUAGAGUAUGCAAAGCUGUCAUCAAGGCAAAGGGUGGCUACUAUAAUAUAAAAUAUAUUUUGAUUUGUUUAACACUUUUUGGUUACUACAUGAAGGAGUUCCAUAUGUGUUAUUUCAUAGUUUCCGAUGU